AGUCGCGGCGACAGACGCGUUGUUGCUUUAAGGGCCUGUCCCACCAGAAGAUGCCGCAGCGCGGAGACAAGUCUCCACUAACUCUGACACUAACAGGGCACGGGCAGUGGUGGCUGCUGGUGCAGCGGAGUGUACUUUAGUAUACAUUAGUGUAGUUUAUUUUAGUUCUGCCAGGGUACAGGGGGACAGAUCCUGACUACGGAGUUUGCUGUCUGUACGGAGUUUGCACGUUCUCCCCGUGACCGCGUGGGUUUUCUCCGAGAUCUCCGGUUUACUCCCACACUCCAAAGACGUGCAGGAGAGGCUGUUAGUGGAGAGGAAGGAGGGAAGAGGGCAUGAUGUCGGUGGAGCAGCACUGCCCGCUGGUGAAGAAGCACAGCCAGAGUGACCUGGUCAGCAGACUGAAGAGCCGCAGGGUGCUCGGCAUGGGCGUGAAGGCGGCGGACGGCGAAUUCCACCGAUCCAAGAUCAGUCAGAUGCUGGGCAAUGAAUUCAAGUUUGCUUUCCACGAACCCUUCGGCCUCAGGUUCUGGCAGUUCAUGUCCGCACUCACCUUCUCUGCCCUCGGGCUCCUGACUCUCACCUUUCCCCGGUCUCUCGGUGCUCGGCUGGACACGGACGACGGUGGGAUCUGCGUCUCUGCCCUCAGGCUGCACGGCGCCGCCAUGAUCAGUAUCUCCCUCAUCCUCUGGAGCGCCGUCUGGACAAUGGAGAAGGUGAUUAUCCGCUGGACGCUCCUGUCUGAGACGUGCUACCUGGCCGUGGAGUUUCUAGUGACGCUGACCGCCAGUGCUGACCAGGAUGUCUUUUCCAGAGUCGCGGCCGUCCAGCUGGUGGCCUUUGGCCUGUCCGCGCUCCUCUCGCUUUUCUACUACGUCCAGGUCGGCCGCAAACCCAGGAAAGUCUAGGAUCAGCGAGAGUGGGCCCCGCAUAGCAACGGGCCCCGCGUAGCAACGGGCCCCGCAUAGCAACGGGCCCAGCAAUGACAGCAAGACCUAU